UGGUGUAGAUGGUUAUCACGCUUCCUUAGCAUGGAAGAGGUCCCAGAUUCGAGUUCUGGCUUGUCCAAUUUUUUGCUAUCCAUUACUGCAUAUAAUACACAACAACGAAAAUGUUUGUGUAAAAAGAUAGUAAGUUAAUGAAAAUUUAAUAGUCAAUUUAUUACACAGAAUUUGUAGAUUUUAUGAAUUUUACUUAUAGAUAAUUUACCUUGGAUUUCUAAAAAGCUGAACUGACAAGUGCCUUCACCCAAAUUCUUUUGAACAAUCCAACGUACAACUAGCAAGCCACAGCUUUCGCAAAAGAAAAAAAGGGUCGUUUGCUACGUGAAUUAAAUUUGAUUUUGAAAAGCAAUCUAAUGCUAAGACAUUGCUUUUUUCAAUUGCCUAAAAGGCAGGUCUUGUGGCAGUGCAGUCAUGGAAAAUAUUUUCAUAAUACAUCUUUUUCAAAUGCUAUAAAUAAUUUCUGCAUGCCCGCAUUGUCUCCUACGAUGGAAGAAGGAAAUAUUGCAAAAUGGGUUUUAAAAGAGGGAGAUUCUUUUAAAGCUGGCGAUGUUAUUCUAGAAGUUGAAACUGACAAGGCUACGAUGGACGUCGAAGCACAAGAUGACGGUAUUCUAGCAAAGAUAUUAGUUAACUCUGGUACUAAAAUUGCGGUUGGUAAAGAGAUCGGUAUUGUUGCUGAGGAGGGAGAUGAUUUGUCCAAGAUCAAGCUUCCUGAUGUUUCAAGCACACCCAACGAAGGAUCAAAUUUGAAACAGCCAUCAGAACCCAGUUCUUCUCAAAUUUCCAUUCAUUCUCCUUCUUCAUCCUCUUCCCAAAACGCCUCUUUACUUCCUUCCGUUGCUCACCUAUUGCAUUUACACAAGAUUCAGGAUCCAUCAGUUAUCACUGCCACCGGUCCUCGUGGUCGUUUGCUUAAAGGCGAUGUUUUGGCUUUCAUUGGUGAAAUAAAUAAGGAUGCGCCAAAGUCAAUACAAAAAGCUAUUCGGAAGUUUGAAAAACUUGAUCUAUCCAAGAUAGAAGCUAAGCCCAUAAUUGCUGAACAGAAGCCAGUGUCUUCUCUCGAAAAACCUCGUUCCAAUAUUGUUGAGACGAAGUUUUCUUUGACGAGUCUUAUUAAAAUAAGUGAAGUGACAAAAGAAAACAGUAAAGAAUCGUCAAAAGAGAUAGGAAAUAUUGUAUCAUCGGCCAUUUCCGAUACUUUGGCUUCAUCCGAAAUCCCAGACUUAUUUCAAGAUCCCGUAGAAAACGCGUAUGACGCUCUACUAGGAUUGCCUUCUUCAAGAAUAAGAAAUUUGUCAAAUGCUCAGUUUAUUCCUGGGGAAGGACCUGUUGACGGUGUUACUGAUUUUCUUUGCAAAUCUUCUAUAAUUCUACCAGCUCAGUUGUCUAAUAAAUUGACAUUAUCGUUUGUCCGUCCGAAUCCCCCUACUCCGUUGGAAGGAAAGACAACGCUUGAUGAUGUCUAUGACUCUCUUUUGGGAUCUGUGAAGGAACAAAAAAAGCGUAACCGACUUCAUCCUAAAAAUGAAGAGAUCGUCCUGAAAUUAUCGUAUAAUACGCUCCUUGAUAAUCAACGGGCCGUUUCAUUUAUAAACAGAAUUAAAAGGAACUUGGAGACUGCUUCUCUUAAUUGAUUCUCGUAAUUCACCAACUCCUUAAAAUAUAUCAAAGACAGUUAACUAUAUUAUUCUUCUUUCUUUGAAUUGACCGUAGCUAUAGUAUUUGUUCUUAUUUUUUUAACUUUUACAACUUACUUGGACAAAGUUUACAAUAAUAUAACCAGAAUCUAUUAACAAGUGACGAUUAUACGUAACGAGGGACAUAACAACUAAACGA